ACCUAAAAAUUCCGGCAAAAAAUGCAUACUCGUUCCUCACCAAAUCUGGUUCCAAAAAAUCUGAUGAUUCACCCAAAUCAUAGAACCUUUCGAAGGACCCAUACCUUGAGAUCUGUAAGUUCACAGAUCCAGAAAUUCAAAGCUUGAAAUCCUGCUUUCCACCACAAACUGUUUUCCGACCCUUCGAUCCAUCUGCACGAAGCGACGACGUCUCGGAGACUUGGAUUUGUUUCCACGCACUCCCUUUUCUCCUAGGGUUUUCAUACACUUUUCCUCCUUUAACCCAUAGCUUCUUUAAACAUAUACGCAUUAGCUUUAGUCAUGUGAUGCCGAUGCUCUGGAGAGCUCUAUUUACCAUCGAAGAAGUUAUCAGACAAGAGGGAUUACAGUUCAACGUCCUUGAAUUGGCUUAUCUGUAUACCCUGGUUACUCAUGGUUCUAACCGAUUUUUGUUCAAGUCCAAGCCCCACCAGCCAACCCCUGUUUUAAAAACCACCAAAAACGAUUCUUCUUGGAAGAAUUAGUUUUUCUUCGUUAAGAGAGACUCUUUGCCGGAGGGAGACACCUUGUCUGUUAGGUGGAUCUCAAAGGUGAAAAACUUCGUGAAUCUUGCUGAGCUAUCGGGAACUGCUGAACGAGCCAAAGCUUUUUUGAAUCUCGACCCUAUCGAGAGGACAUUUAAAAUAAGGAUCCAGGAUCCUACAGAGGACGAUCAAACAUAUUUAGCCCACAACAUGUCAAGCAUUCAGAAAUCCACUCCCAAGUCUUCUGCUGUUGCCCUUGAUGAUAUCAAUAGUAUGAUUAUCUCCAAACCAACCAGAAGGACCGUCCCUGAUGCUGAGCCUCGCCAAGUUACUACCAGAGCUAAGUCUGGAUCAAAGAGGAGGAAGACCUCUGAACCAGACAUCGACCUUUUCGACAUCGAGAAAAGGCUCCAUGAUGUUCUGACCGAGGAAUUCAGCCGCCUGAAGGUCCAUCAUGAGAAAAGAAUUGCUGAAUACGAAGAGACUCUGACUAGGAUACGCUCCGCCGCUGCCGCCAAGGACAAGACCAUCACAAAUUUAGAGAAAGACAAACAAGACUUGGAGGCGCAACUGCUACAUUCCGAGAUGGGGAUUCACGAGGCUGCUAUGAACGCCACCGACGAAGCAAAGGUUUGUGCUGCCCGGGCUAUCCUCCAGGAUCGAAUCGAGAUGGCUCAGGAAGCAAUGGACUCUAGCUUUGACCGGGCAACCUGGGAGGUAGCUUCUUGGGAGAUGGAGCAGAAGAACCUGGGCGGUGAUGAGGAGCUUGAGCAGGCAGCUGUGGAUGCAGGUGAAGCGGGGACUAGUGGAGUGCCGACUACUGAAGGAUGCUGGUGAGAAGAUGGAUGGCAGUGUCGGAGGUGAUGGCACGAUAGUGGGCAAUGAAGGAUAAUGUAGACGAGGCCUGAUCCCACUUUUUUAAUUUUCAUGUUAUGGUGCUUUAAUUUGAACAAUUUGGGGUUGUAAGUUUGAACAAUAGUUUUCUAGGUUUAAGGGUCACUGAUCCUUCAGACAAUAGGUAGGAUAACAAAGGUGGAUGGAUCCUCUGUUUGGGGGAUGAAUCCUUUGUUAUCCUGCUUCUUUGAUUUCUCCACACAAACAUUAACCGUUUGCUGAACUUAAUCUGGCCUAGAUGGAUGGUCCACGUUUUGCUGGUGAAAUCCAGGCCAGAAACUUUUGAUAAAUAUUAAUGGGCUUUAAUAAUAUUAGAUUUUUAACUA